AUGCCCUUCAAAACCACCCCCCCAACCCCCCAACACGCCAAACUAACCUUCCCCUCCCCGCACGUCCUCCUCGUGACCCUCUCCCGCCCCAAACAACUCAACAGCAUCAACACAGCCGGCCACCACGAGCUGCACGCCGUCUGGGAAUGGCUGGACGAGGAGCCGGAUCUACGCGUGGGAGUGCUCACCGGCGAGGGGAGGGCGUUUUGCGCGGGCGCUGAUUUAAAGGAAUGGAACGACACCGCCAACUCCCAAACACAAGGCCAACAACGCCCCGGCCCCCCACCAACCGGCUUCGGCGGCCUCUCCCGCCGCAGCGGCAAAAAGCCCCUCAUCUGUGCCGUCAACGGGCUGUGCCUGGGCGGGGGGUGCGAGAUGGUCAUCAACGCGGACAUGGUCAUCGCCGCGCAGGACGCCUUCUUCGGGUUCCCUGAGGUGCAGCGCGGGGUGGUAGCGUGGGCGGGCGCGCUGCCUCGCGUGGUGCGGACGAUUGGGCGGCAGCGGGCGCUGGAGAUGGUGUUGACUGGGCGGAGGGUGCUGGCUGAGGAGGCGGAGAGGUGGGGGUUUGUGAAUGAGUUGGUUCCUGUUGUGAGGGGGGAGAAUGGGGAGGGCGGGGGAGAGGUGGUGAAGAGGGCGGUGGAGGUUGCGGGGGUGAUUGCGGCGAAUAGUCCUGAUGCGGUUGUUGUUAGUCGGGAGGGAGUGAAGCUGGGGUGGGAGGGGGUUGGGGCGGAGGAUGGGUCGAGGUUGUUGGUUGAGGGGUGGGCGAAGAGGUUGAAUGAUGGGGAGAAUAUUAAGGAGGGGUUGAAGGCUUUUGUGGAGAAGAGGGCGCCGGUGUGGGUGGACAGUAAGUUGUGA